UCUGCUUACGUCGGAUAGUGUACAUAUAUACCUCACUAGAACAAAACAUCAACAAUCUGUACAAGGCUUGUUGGUGACACAUUCCGAGUUAGCUGUGGUCGGGAGGGAAAAAUGUACGUGGUGGUUAUUUGCAUUAAACUUCUGCUGCAAGCUUGCAUCGACAGGGCGAGCGAAGUCUCACGCUGGUUGUUGAGGCUGGUAGCCUUGCGUAGAUCUGGGCUCAUUGAGUGGAGAGGGGAAAGAGUAACAGGCAGAGAUGGGACCAAAGAGCGGAGUGCCGUACCCACCAGUGUCAAUUACCAUUUCACCCGACAGUGUAACUACAAGUGUGGCUUCUGUUUCCACACCGCCAAGACAUCGUUUGUGUUGCCCCUGGAAGAAGCCAAAAGGGGGCUAAAGCUUUUAAAAGCAGCCGGCAUGGAGAAAAUUAAUUUUUCUGGAGGAGAACCUUUUCUGGUCAAUCAUGGGGAGUUUCUCGGGAAGCUGGUUCAAUACUGUAAGCAGGAGCUGAAACUGCCCAGUGUCAGCGUUGUGAGCAAUGGGAGUCGGAUCACCGAGAAGUGGUUUAAAAACUACGGUAAGGAUCUGGACAUUUUGGCGAUUUCAUGUGACAGUUUUGAAGAGGACACCAAUCGUCUCAUUGGCCGCGGGCAAGGGAACAAAAAUCAUGUCGAGAACCUCCUCAAAGUCAGAAAUUGGUGCAAAGACUACCAUGUGGCUUUUAAAAUCAACUCUGUCAUCAACCGAUUCAAUGUUGAUGAGGAUAUGAAUGAACAAAUCAGGAUGAUAAAUCCAAUAAGGUGGAAGGUAUUCCAAUGUUUAUUGAUUGACGGAGAAAAUGCUGGAGAAGAAGCUCUGAGACAUGCAGAAACAUUUACUAUCAGCAGUAAAGACUUCCAGAGAUUUCUGGAUAGACAUAAAGAGAUCAAGUGCCUUGUGCCUGAAUCCAAUGAGAAGAUGCGAGAUUCCUAUCUCAUCCUUGAUGAAUGCAUGCGCUUCCUAGAUUGUACCCAAGGCAGAAAAGAUCCAUCGAAAUCUAUCUUGGAUGUAGGCGUUGAGAAUGCUAUUAAAUUUAGUGGGUUUGACGAGAAAAUGUUUUUUAAACGUGGAGGGAAAUAUACAUGGAGCAAAGCAGACAUGCGCUUGGAAUGGUAAAAGUUGCUUAUUGUUCUUGACUGUCUCAAUCAUGAAGCAUUCAUGCCACACACAUUUUAUGGAUUCAGUAAAUGACUUUGAAUCCUGUCAAGUACCAUUGUCCUCAGGUGUCAACAUUGUAAUUUUUUAAAACAAUAAACAGUGCAAUAUUUAGGAUGAUAUUACCUGCUGAAAAGAAUUGGCACUCAAUGCUAUGUCCAAACAAGUGAAAUGCGUGAAAGAUUUUUAUUGGUUGAAUUGCAAUAUGAAGCUGCAAAGCUAAGGUUGAAGAAAAGAUUUGAUGUGCCCAGAAAAUAAACAUUGUUGGCAUGCAUUACCGCAUGUAGAAGGAAUUGUCAGCUGCAUUAUGGACAGGUAAAUUUAGGGACACUGGUUGUAUUUUGAAUGGUUGGUGUUUUUACUUGAUUCAAACAGUUUACAAUCUGGCUGAUCAAAGUAUAACAGUAAUGGCUCAAGUAAUUAUUUUUAAAAAGCCUUCAAAAGUCUCCCAUUGACUUCUGAUUCUGGAAGUUGUUGCUGUGCAUGAACCUCAUUUCGCAUUGCCAGAGAAAAUUAGAGGAACUGAGUUCUCCGCUGGUUGAAGUCAAAUUUUGCACAAAGGAUUGAAAAGUUAUUGGAGGUAAAUCAUCUCAGGCCCUGGUGAUUGUUGCAGGAGUUCCUCAGUAGGCCCCAAGUACUCAAAAUCAUGAUGGGUCUGGAGAAACUGUUCCCACUCAUGAAACAAUCAGGAAGAGAGCACAGAAUUAAAAUAACUGGAAAAACAAAUAGAAAUUAGGGAAUGGGGGUACAGACUGUGUAAGUGCAGAUAUUAGUAUUAGUUUAGAAUGGUGUCAUGUUCAGCGCAGACAUGGUGAGCCAGAAGGCCUGUUCCUGUGCUGUACUGAACUAUGUUUUUUUUUACACAAAAGAGCAAAUACUGGUUUUUACAUUAUAUCAGCAGUCAUGUUGAUUAUGAACAUUUUUUAAAUU